AUGUUCAAUUACACAUCCGACUCUGAGGGCAAGAGAAGCAAGAGAUAUGUCAAUAGCUUUGACUCUGCAUUCCUGUUCAUCUGCCCCUAUGGACAAACCAUCUCAAGGAUUUCAAGCUACCAUAACGACAAUUAUGAAGACAGACGUUUCAGCAUUGAUUGUGCAACUCCACGCUCCUCCAUUGGAAGCUGUUCUUUGUCCGGAUAUGUGAACAGCUUUGAUCGGCCAUUCGAAUACAUCUGUCCCAGCAACCGUGUCAUAUCGGGAAUGGGUGGUUACCAUAGCAACAGCUAUGAGGAUCGCCGCUGGCAGUACUGGUGCUGUGGUGGAUCCCUGCGCGUUGGCAGCUGCUACUGGACCAGCUACGUCAACUACUUUGACGAGUACUUCAACUUCUACGUCCCCUAUGGCAGCUACAUCACCGGAGUCUCCUCCUACCAUGACAACGGCUAUGAGGAUCGCCGCUUCCGAUUCCGUAUCUGCUAUUAGCAGUGAAGAGGAAGGACAGGAAUGAAGACUACCACAGGAGUAAAAAAGCAAAAGUAGAAUUAAUAUUCUUACUGAUGUAAUUGCAACACCAGUUCCUGUUUAGCUUAUUCCACUGAACCUAAUUCAGUAGACGCACUGUUCAUUAAGAGUACUUCUACUUCAUACUCAUCUGAAGAUUAUAUACUAUGGUGGUGAGAAAAACUCUAUUUUCCCUUUAAGAGUUGUGUGUGUUUGAGUGACAUUUGAAAUUGCUAAUGCGCCAAUUCUAUUACAUGG